GCGCAAUUUUUUCUCGAGUUCAGUUUAUUACUCCUGCGACUUCUGCGGAAAAGCGUGAAAAACUGUGCAAAUAAGUGAAAACUCCAAGCUAAACAUAAAGCAGAGUGUCAAAGGAAAUUCGUGAAGAAAAGGGCCCACAAAUUCUUACGCAAUUCAGGAUUCUGUGGGGAAUUUAACUACAAAAUCUUCAACCGAAAGGAAAGAAAGUUGCACGAGAAAUGGUGACAAUUGUCUCAGAAUGACUUGGUUUAUAGGGGGACAAAAAAAGCUGUAUCCCCUGCCCUACUACUACCAAUAUUGAGGAAAAAUUGGCAAUAUCGAGAGAAACAGGAAGUGGGAAGUCACCCUCCAUUUGUUUCGCUCUUGAUACAAGCACGCACUGUUUGGGGGGCACACGUUUAGCACAGCACAGCACCCACCUAUAAAAUCACAAUAAUUUUUCGCGCACAGUAACGGAUGGUGAAUGCGAUGGCCUACAAUUUUUGAUGAUGGGUGGUAUAGAGGAGAUGGUGCGGUAUAGUUUCUCUGCCAUCCGGUGGUAGCACUCUCACCAACGAAGGGAGACUUCAAAUCAACAAUGUGAGAGCAUAGCUCCCGGCAACGGCUGGGGAAAACUGUUACGUAAAGCAGACUUUGGGAGCUCAGCGUUGCAUCAAAAUCAAAGAAAAUGGUGCAGCAAUCUUAAGAGAUGAAACAUGGAUGCAUUGAUUAUUGAGAAAAUUCAUAAAUCAACAAUUUAUUGGAGAGUGAGAGAGAGAGACAAUAGCAAUUUCACCCCUGUGUUUUCUUCACCAUAAAACAUGGUUUUUAUUGUGAUUGAGUGACAACUAAACAAGUGCUGCAAAUUGUGCUGACGCCCACAUAAAUUAACUCAUCAUUGCAACUGUGCUGUGAAUUUAACAAAAGUUAAAGACAUUCAACAAGGCAAAUGAGUGUUUUGCUGAUUUUGGGAGUUUAGCACCAAAAAAGCCCCGGAGGGACUUCAAUGUAUUUGGAUCUUCGUGGAGGAUGGAUCCAAAGGCGGGAGCUUGGCUAGUGGCGCCAUCCGUUCGCAAUGCCAGCUGCUCCCAUCCGCGCUUCUCCACUAACCCCCUGUGGACGCUAGUUGGUCCCGUUGAGGCCAUCCAGGCAUUCCUUGUACUCAGUCUUGCCGUGGGAAUCAUCGGAGCGAAUCUCAUGGUUAUCCUUGUGAUCAACAACCGCCGCUACUCGCCGUACAUACAGCCCCAGCCACGGUACCUGCUGACUUCGUUGGCGCUUAAUGACCUGGCGAUUGGCGUCCUUAUCACCCCGUUCGGUGUAGUGUCGGCGCUUUUUCACUGCUGGGCUUUUGGUGAAGUUGUGUGCCAAAUUCAGGCCCUUCUUCGUGGUGCUCUAUCGCAACAGAGUGCUGUAAUUCUCGUAUGUAUGGCAGUUGAUCGUUAUCUGUGUUCCCUUCACCCUGACCGAUAUUACCAACAUUCGAGUAAGAAGGGAUGCGUUUUAAUGCUGAGUGUGGCAUGGAUUGUAUGUUUAACAGUAUUCGGAAUGCUAGUACUACCUAAAGGUUACUACUACAAUGCAACGGGCCUUUUGGCGUGUGAGCCUUUUUACAGUCGAGCCUCAUUUCGUAUUCUUGCCACUUGUGCCCUCUACUUCCCUACCACAAUGGUGCUCAUGUACUGCUACGGCUCAAGUUUUCACGCGAGUCGCCUGAGGUUUACAAUUGAUGCAGCAAAAUCACCUCCGGAAACACCACAGACUCAGACGAAUAUUACGGUUAUCACAGAGAAGGCGCCAACUGUCGUUUACCAGGAACGUCGAGUGAGUGGUUCAACAUCCCGUACAAUGGCCGCUAUGUCUCUAGGCUUUAUCGUAAUGGUGACACCAUGGACAAUACAGGAAGUUGUAGCAGCAUGUACUGGAUCAAAGGUUCCACCAUUUUUGGAUUUUUUCGUAACGUGGACAGCAAUGAGUAAUAGUUUCUGGAAUCCCUUCCUCUAUUGGCUCCUUAAUGCCCAUUUUCGUCGAAUUGGAAGGGAAUUUUUCACAUUUAGGUGCUGCACAAGUGACGAUCCCGUAACACGUAAAUCACGCUGCUGUAGUGUAAGUUCUGAGUGUGAUCCUAUUUCACUACCCGUACCACCUGGACCGCCUAAAUCUCAACCACCACGACCAGACAUUGAGGGACUUUCAGAGAAGUAUUGGGGAGAAAUUUUGGAACGCACAGUUAGCUCAACGUCAUUGCAUGCACUUCAGCGGACCUACGGUACACCCUAUCCUACGCAACAUCGGAAGAGUGGUAGCAUCGUAAGCCUCAAUAUGACUGAUCCAGAAAUUGGUGAGCACACAUUUCACGAAGCGACGUGUGCAAAAAAUAAGGUACGUAUUGAUGAGGAUUCAAUGCAGAGGCACAAUAUAAAGGGUUUACCAGAUAUUUAGUAAUGUAUAUAUAAAAGAAAAUUAAGUCGGAUAAAGCGAUAAAGAGGUUUCCUUCUUAAACCGUAAAAAUUAUAAACAUAGAAUAGUGUGUGUUUGCGAUUUAGAAGAACUAAGAAAGGGGUUGAGCAUAGCCUAAAAAAAAAGAGACAUUUUCUCGUUAAAAUUUCCACCCACACUCAUAUUCCAUUAAUGGAUGUGUUUUACCAAUUUGUGAGAUAUAAUUGGCAUGUAAGACGAGUUCUUCUCUGCCCAUAAACCUCUUUAGUAACAAACAUUGUUUAAAUUAGCGUUUGCUGGCUAAGAGAAAAAAAGAAUGAGAAGCAAUGUGAAGAAAACAUCAUAAAUUGCAAAAAGUAGAAUUUUCAUUGAGAUUUUUCUCCAUUGUGAUGGAAUUUUCUCUCUCAAUUUUAUUUUUCUCCCUCACGUGGUUUAUCCACGCGUGUGUGUGUGUAAUGUACCGAAUGUACCUUAACAUUGGGUACAAGGAGAGAAUUUUUAAUUAACAAAAUUGUCUCGCACUAAUGAGAAAUUUUUUAAUUCUUCUUUAAUAUAUCUGUGAUUUCUUUUUAUUCUUCUUGAGAAGAGAAUUCUUUGCACUUGAUUUUUUUUUCUUUCAAAAUGACUUCGAAAGGAAAACGAGUUUUCUUUUAAUGUGCACGAAGAAAAAAAAAUGGUGUUAGUGUUAGGGAAAAAAAAACAUUAGAUAGAUUAAUAAAGAAUUCCAAAAGAUAACAAUCCCGAAAUUCUUGAAAAUGUUAACAAACAAGAAAGGUAUCUAAAUACAAUAUGAAAAAUUUUUGUAAUAAAUGAGAAAGAAAUCAAUGAUCGAGGAGUUAGAGAGAUUUUAUUUAGAUAAAAAUUGUAGAAUUUGUAGGACAAUUAAAUUAAAGAAAAAAAAAAGACAGAUUAGGUAUUAAGUUAAUCGACAAAAUUGUCAUGAUUUUGUGAAGAAAUUAUCUGAAUUUUUGUAUUAAAUCGCACGACUUUUCUUCAAAAAAAAAAA